AUGAAGUCAGCGUUCUAUAAGACAGUAGGUGAAGGACAGCUCAGCUGGGAGGAGUUGGGUGAAGUCAUCCUGGACGUCGAAGUGACCCUUAACAAUCGUCUGCUCUGCUACCAAGAGGAAGAUGUCCAACUUCCUACCUUGACAUCAAGCACGUUACUGUUUCUCAACACCGAUAUCCUUCCUGAAUUACAGCUGCACCACCUGGAUGACAAAGAUUUACGAAAGCGUGCUAAGUUCUUGUUGAGAACUAAAGAUGCAAUGUGGCGUCGGUGGACGGCCGAAUACUUGCGGUCGUUACGUGAGCGCCAUCGGCUCAAACACGGUGACAAGAAGUAUACCCUUGCUAUUGGAGAUGUGGUCGUCAUCCAGUCUUCUGAGCGGAACCGCAACUGUUGGCCUCUUGGAACCGUCGAGGAGCUUAUCGAAGGAAGAGAUGGUGUAGUUCGUGGUCCAAAGUUGCCAACUGGUCGAUCACACCUCGAACACCCAAUCCAGCACCUCUAUCCCUUGGAACUGUCGUGUGAAAAAGAGAAUGUACAGGGAGACAAGACACCCCUCAACCCUAAAGCGCCAGUGUUUCGACCUAAACGAGAUGCAACAGUUGCAGCCAGGCUUCGAAUGCAGGAGGUAGCAGAGGAGGAGAAGCGGGACUUAACAUUGCAUAAAGAACCUCGAUCUGAAUUUUGA